GCUGAUUGGCCAAUAACAAGUGGAUAUGUUGAGCUGAAAGCAGCCAAUAAGAACAGAAGGGCGACAUACCCCGCCCUAGCCCUAUUUGGAGUGGGGAUCAGGUUGUCAACUAUCAAGACAUCCUACGAUAAUGUCAACAUUCCACCAUCUUCUGUCGUGAGCAAUAAUUAGAUCUCCCCAAUAUGUCUACCACUGAAGCUCCAUGGCACGCAGCCUACCCCGCCCCCAGAACCAUCGCAGCCAAGCUACCCCGCCAUGAGCUACUGCAAUGGCUCAAGGAGGGUAAACAACCGGGAAAAGACUUUGUGCUAGUAGAUCUGCGACGUGCAGAUUUCGAGGGAGGCACUAUCCGGGGUUCCUUGAACCUUCCAGCACAGAGUCUCUAUCCCACCAUUCCUACCCUAUACACGCUUCUAUCGGCGAGUAAGGUGGCGAGCGUCAUCUGGUACUGUGGGUCAUCCGCAGGCCGUGGAACGCGGGCCGGCGGCUGGUUCGCCGAUUAUCUUCAGGAUCAAGGAGACACGACCCUGAAGAGCUUGGUGCUGGAAGGUGGGAUCAAAGGCUGGGCGGCUGCAGGACCGGAAUAUACGGAGCUUAUGGACGAAUAUGAUGCCUCGUUUUGGGCAAAGUUCUCUUCUGGAUGUGAGUAGAAUGACGAAGUUAUGAGACCUGUUUUGUAUCUGUUGAUGGUCAUGCCGACAAUGAAUUCCGCAUGAUACGUGCAAUUGGUCGUAGAAUUCUUCAGCAAUACACUGUAUCAUUUUCUGCCUGGAUCCAGAUAGUACAUACGACCAUAGGGUGUGCAG